AGAGCGGGAGGAGGGCGUCAGGACCCAGACCCACAGAGGGGCAGUGCUGAGGAACUAGGUUGUGGAGGAGAGACGGGGCUGUGAGGAGCCAGGCUCUUGGGACGCGACUUGAAGGGUUCGGGCUCGCAGGAGCAGCGGCUGUUGGGGACUCGGGCUCCGAACGAGAGAGACUUAGGGGACGAGGACGUGUGUGAGUUCUGCAGCAUCUGAGGGAAAGCCGUCUGAGAGGGACUGGAUGCUGAUUGGCCUUGGUCCUCACAGCUCCAAAAAGAAGCAGGAUCUUGAUAAACUCUAUGAGCUGAAGUCCAAAGCUCGGCAGAUUAUGAACCAGUUUGGCCCCUCAGCCCUAAUCAACCUCUCCAAUUUCUCAUCUAUAAAGCCAGAGCCAGCCAGCACCCCUCCACAAGGCUCCAUGGCCAAUAGCACCACUGUAGUAAAGAUACCAGGCACUCCUGGGACAGGCGGUCGUCUUAGCCCUGAAAACAAUCAGGUAUUGACCAAGAAGAAAUUACAAGAUUUAGUCAGAGAGGUGGAUCCUAACGAGCAGCUGGAUGAAGAUGUGGAGGAGAUGCUGCUGCAGAUAGCUGAUGAUUUUAUCGAAAGUGUGGUGACAGCUGCCUGCCAGCUCGCCCGGCAUCGCAAGUCCAGCACCCUGGAGGUUAAAGACGUCCAGCUGCAUCUAGAGCGCCAGUGGAACAUGUGGAUCCCAGGAUUUGGCUCUGAGGAAAUCCGACCCUACAAAAAAGCUUGCACCACAGAAGCUCACAAACAGAGAAUGGCAUUGAUCCGGAAAACAACCAAGAAAUAACACAGGGGACAGUUAAGGAAUGGACGACAUGUAUUUGGAGAUACUUGAGCUGAGACCUCAGCCAUCUCAUCCUUGGAUUUUUUUUUUAAAUGCUUUACAGAGAAGCAUAUAUUUUUUAUUAACAGUGCAGCAAUAUCUAUAAUGACUGAGAAGAUCUGCCAAAAGAAUAAAGCCUCCUACCCCAACUUCUGGUCCCUUUUCCCUGCCGUCUCAAAGAGAAGCAGUGUAUCUUCCGGAGAAGACUUUACCUGUGGUUUAUCUUAUAAAUGAUUGACUGUAGGCAGAGCGGUAUGGUCAUGCUGGGUGAGACAGUGUUAGCAGGUUUGUAGAGGGUUUGUCUCCUCCUUUCCCUUGUCCUGUACUUUGUAAUGUCAGUGUUUAUAUGAAUAUGAACUUGAUUUGCUUUUCCAGAAUAAAGAACUUAUAAAUUGAAGACA